AUGGAAAUGCGUUUGUUGGUUGUAUGGGCCCUGCUGGCCUUGAUCCCCUGCCCAGGAGCCACAGAAGAGCCAUUUGAGGUUUCUAUUUGGCCAGAUCAGGCCCUGGUAAAGUCUGGACAGUCUCUAGUGGUCAACUGCAGCACCACCUGUCCAGACCCAGGACCCAGUGGAAUCGAGACCAUCUUAAAGAAAAGCCAGGUGGGCAGAGGGCCCCAGUGGAAGGAGUUCCUCCUGGAGGAUGUCACAGAGAACUCCAUUCUGCAGUGCUUCUCCUCCUGCGCAGGGAUCCAGAAAGACGCAAGCCUUGGCAUCACUGUUUACGAGCCACCGGAGCAGGUGCUCCUGGAGCUGCAGCCUGCAUGGGUGGCCGUGGGUGAAGCCUUUACUCUGAAGUGCCGUGUGCCCGCUGUAGCGCCCCUGGAAAACCUCACCCUCACCCUUCUCCAGGGUAGCCAGGAACGGCACGGAAAGAACGUGAGCCUGGCCGUGGCCACCCAGAGGGCGGAGGUCACCGUCAGUGUCAGAGCCCAAAGGGAGGACGACAGGGGCAGUUUCUCCUGCCGUGCAGAGCUGGACUUGCGUUCCCUGGGCGGGGAGCUCUUCCGCGGCAGCUCUGCCGUCAGGCUGCUCCGCACCUUCGAAUUCUCUCAGCUCCCCCAAAUCUGGGUCUCUCCUCUCCUGGAGGUCGGGAUGGCGGAGACUGUGAGCUGUGAGGUGGCUAGGAUGUUCCCAGCCAAAGAGGCAAUGUUCUACAUGUUCCUGGGGGACCAGGAGCUGAGCCCCCUGCUCUCCUGGAAGGGAGACGCAGCAUGGGCCAACGCCACUGUCCGGGCCAUGGAGACCGGCGACCAGCAGCUGUCUUGCCGUGUGUCUCUGGGUCCACUGGCACAGAACACAAGAAAGCCAGUGCACGUCUACAGCUUCCCUCCGCCAGUCCUGGAGAUAGCGGAAUUAUACCCACUGGCAGGAACAGACGUCAAUGUGACCUGCUCGGGGCACGGAUUAACAUCCCCCAGCCCUACUGUUCGCCUUCAGGGAGCUCCGGACCUCCCUGUGCCUGGAGAGCCUGCCUGGUUUUUACUUACCGCCAAGGAGGAAGAUGAUGGCAGGAAUUUCUCCUGUGAGGCCUCUUUGGAGGUCCAGGGUCAGCAGCUGACCAAAGCCACUGCAGUCCAGCUCCAUGUCUUAUACAAGCCAAGGUUAGAGGAGUCCGGUUGUCCCGGCAACCAAACAUGGGUGGAAGGGACGGAAGAGAUGCUUGCCUGCAUCCCAAAGGGAAACCCGGCUCCAACCUUGGUGUGUACCUGGAACAGCGUGGUCUUCAGUCUUGAAGUCCCGCAGAAGGCGACCCGGAACCACACUGGGACCUACUGCUGCACGGCCACCAACCGGCUGGGCUCUGUCAGCAAAGAGAUCGCUGUCGUCGUUCAAGGACCAAACGAAGGCGUCAACCCCACCGUCUUUGUCAUUGUUAUCGUGGCUCUUGGAGCGGGAGUAAUCACCAUAGCACUGUACUUGAACUAUCGGCCCUGCAAAAUGCAGAGGAAGAAAUUGCCUUAUCGGCAGAAAGAGAAAAUCAGAGAAGAGGAAAACCAGUUUGCUGUUCAGCUCGCAGAAAAGUGCAGCGCACAGAACUGUUGA